ACGCGACUCGCAGUUCAGUACUGUUCGUGUUCGAGCGACGUGUCGACAGACAUUUCGUGACGAACAUGCGUGUAGUGUGACUUCGAGUAAACGACAUGUUUUGAAGUUUCUGAAUCUUAAAUUAUAAAAUAACAAUGUGUAUUUCAGUUCUCUUCUUAAUUAAUGCGCUAAUGUUGCAAAUGACAUGGGGCGAAUUUGUCUCGCAAGAAAGUAAAGACGUGCCACCAUUUCGUUCAGAAUAUUCCGCUUCAAGUAGUGGCGCCGGACCGUGCUACUUGAUUGUUGCUCCUAAAGUAAUUCGUCCUACAACUCUGUAUGGAGUCACAAUAACUAUACUGGACACCUUAAGAAUAGACUAUCCAUUUAUUUCUGUGAAAAUAGAGAUAAGAAAAGAUGAGACGGAAAUUACUUCAGUUACACAAAAUAUCCCUGUUUCUAGCACUCAGACCCUAUUCAUGCAGAUACCUUCAUCAAGUACAGCAGGACACUACAUGCUGAGGAUAGAAGGAAACUAUCCACACACGAGUAGAGGAACUGUGUUCAAGAAUGAAACAGAAAUUGUUUUCUCUCCUCGGUUCCUUUCAAUUGUCAUUCAGACUAGUCGCCCUGUCUAUAAAGCAGGACAAGUUGUUCGCUUCCGUGUUGUGCUCCUUACAACUGAGUUAAAACCAUUUGAAGAUUCAGUGAAUGUUUAUGUCUUGAAUUCAGAUGGUUUAAUUAUGAGGAGAUGGGUUUCAAUGCAAAUAAACAAUGGUGUCAUAAGUCAUAAAUUUACUUUACCACAGCUUGUAAAUGAUGGCUUCUGGAAGAUUCGUGUUGAAGCUCUGGAUCAGACUGAAGAUCAAAUUAUUAGAGUAGAAAACUAUUUCAGUCCCCUGUUCGAGGUUCAUGUAUCUUUGCCAGCAUACACCUUGGACACAGAGAAGUACGUCAGAGCCAACAUCUCUGCUCACUCUGCAACGGAAAGAAUAGCUAGAGGCAAUGCAACAUUCAGAAUGUAUGGCAAAUAUUUAAAGCAAAAUGAUAGUCAAAAGCUGAUUUGGCAAGAUAAAUCGCCUAUGAAAAAUGGCAAACAUGAAGUGUUGAUACCUAUGGAUCAUGUCAGAAGUAUGAUGGGUAGUCUCCAAGGCAUAGAGCUGCGUGUAGAAUCAGAGCUCAUGGAGUACCUGUAUGGGGAGACAGUGAUGGGAUUUAGCCACACACGCAUAAUUAGUGGUUUAAUUAACUUGUAUUUCCUUGGAGCAUCACCAAUGGUCUUCAUACCAGGAAUGUUGUUUGAAGGGCAUGUGGUUGUUGCAUACAAUGAUGGGGAGCAUCUUUCCAGUGAGAAGUUGGCUCAAUCGACAUUAAGGAUUGAGAUUUUUGUUCAGUUUGAGAAUGGCAGCACUCUCAGCCUACCUGAUAUAGUGGCUUUGCCAAUGGACAAACAUCUGACUUCAGCUAAUUUAGGAGAUAAUGAAUGGAAUGGUAGCAGAAGAUACACAGCAGAAUAUGCUGACAUCCUUUCAGUGGAACGGUACUGGAAGGAAGGAGUUCUGUACUUCAAGUUUGAUGUCCCACCAAAAGUACUGGAGUUAACCUUGAGAGCUUUCUAUGAAGAUUCAGAAGGAGAAAGCAUGCAAGCUAAAAUAAAUAUCAUGCAACAUUACUCUCCAUCUAAGAAAUACAUUAGUGUAAGAACAAACUCUGCUGAUGUAGAAGUAGGAGAAUUUGCUGUGUUCCAUGUGAAGACAAAUUUUAUUCUGCAGAGAUUUCAGUAUAUGGUACUUGCUAAAGGUCUUCUGUUGUUUGCUGAUGAACAUAUUGUGGAAAGUCCUGUUCCUACAACUACUACUUUCACUAUACCCAUAGACACAAACAUGGCCCCAGGCUUCACACUGCUUGUUUAUCAUGUGACAUUGCAUGCAGAACUUGUUGCAGAUAGUGUUUUUGUUCCAGUCACUGGAUUUAAUGGAUUUGAGAUAACUCUUGUGGUGAAUCAAGGCAAAGACCACACAAAGAAGACAGCACAAGCUGUAAUGACUGCCAAAGCUGGAGCCUUCAUGGGAAUAAAUUCAGUGAGAAGUACUGCAUACUUUAUGCAAGCUGGAAAUGAUAUUAACAGAUCUCGUGUCACAGAGAGCUUUUAUGCAUUUGAAAACUUCACAAGAGCAGAACCUAAAGUAAAGUGGAGGUCAAGACAAGGAUUACUUCCAGAUGAGGUUUCAUAUUUCUCAAGGAUGAGCUAUGGAAAGAAUAGCUAUGAGACAUUAACAUUUUCUGGUGUAGUUAUCUUUACUGAUGCAUAUCUACCAAUCAGAAAAUUAACUGAUUCUUGUCAUGAGAAGAAAGGUUAUAAGCCAUGUUUCAGUGAAGGGUGCUUCUUGUCAACCAAGAUGUGUGAUGGAUAUAAUGACUGUGCAGACUGGUCUGAUGAAAGUGAUUGCCCUCUACAAGAUGAUGACCAGUAUGAAUACAGAAUUUUGAGAAUGAGCCGAUCUGAUGAGUUGUAUGACACUGCAGGUAAUGACUGGAGCUGGAAGGAGAUGAAUGCAGACUUCGGAGGGGAGGAGUUUUUUACAAUGGAUAUGCCAGCCGUUGCAGAUGAAUGGUAUUUCACAGGCUUCACUCUCAGCAGAAUUCGAGGCUUCACCACCAUCAACACACCAAUUGCAUUUUCCAGUACUCGGCCCUUUAUGAUGCACAUUGAAGGUCCCACUAUGUGUCGUCGUGGUGAACAGAUUGGCUUGAGGCUGCUGCUUUUGAACAAUGAGCCAUAUGAGAUGUUCGUUGUUUUGACUCUCCAUACCUCCCCUCAAUACAAAUUUGUCCAUGUGGAAGAAGGCGGCAUUGUCACAAGUUAUGGUGCAAGGCUUUCAGGGGGAGAUCAUCAGCAUCUAGUUUACCUACCAGCUGGAGCACAGCAACAUGUGGACAUGCCAAUUGCUCCUGUUGUGGAACAAGGAGAUAUUUCAGUAACCAUUUCAGCCAUGACUCAAGUUGGCAGAAUUGAACUUGUACACAACAUUACUGUACUUGGUGAAGGUGCAAUGGUUAACAAACACACAGCAGUUUAUUUGGAUUUAAAAAAUAAAGCACUUGUUCUGCAAUAUCUGGAUAUAUAUGUGGAGGAAUCCCCCAUAGUUCCAUAUCAGUCAUGGCGACGCUAUGUUUAUGGAAGCACAAGUGGAUACAUUACAAUUACUGGUGACAUAAUAGGACCAGCAUUUCCUGCAGUCCCCCUAACAACUGGGGUUGUGCUCGGAAGAGAAAUCAAGGGUACGGAUGGAAGAAUAUUUGAACUUGCAGUUAAUGUGUGGACACUUCACUACCUCCGUCUCACAAAUCAAUUGAAGUGGGAUAUUACCAAACAAGUGCUUGAAGAGGUGAAUGUGAUAUUUGGUCAAGUAAUGAAACGAUUUGAUAGGAGAGGCUGGUUUAAGAACUGGGAUAAUUCACAACCAAGUGUCUGGCUCACAUCUUGGGCGAUUCGAAUUUUUAAACAUGCUUCCUUUCAAGACUGGGAGAACUUCUUUUAUAUUGAACCGCAGAUUAUUACAAGAAGUAUUGAAUGGAUUUUACAGUUCCAAACAGAGUUGGGAAGUUUUGAGGAAACAACAUGGUAUCAUAAUCCAUUAGAUGCAACAAUGCAGGGCAAGUUUUCCACUAGGUUCAAUGAUUCAUUGGUAUAUCGCAACAUCACAUUAACUGCUCACAUCCUAAUCACAAUACAUGAAGUGAUGCAGAUGGUACAGGGGAGCACUCGAACUGAUGCUGCAAAAGCAAGUAUUAAAGCUGUCAGAUAUCUGGAACACCAGCUCUCAUCAAUGACCGAUCCAUAUGAAAUUGCUAUAACAGCUUAUGCACUUACAUUAUGUGAUAGUAUUGAAAAGGAAUUUGCCUUCAGCCUCCUGCACUCUAAAAGACUGGAAGUUGCAGAUGGUCUGCAAUAUUGGUCUAGAGUGCCAGUGCCCGGAAACACAAUCAGAUAUGAGAAUCAGAGGCCUUUCAUUUGUCCUCGAGACUAUCAGACAGAUGAUUCUGUAGCAGUGGAAGCCACAUCAUAUGCUCUCAUGGUGAACCUCAUGAGGGAUGGAGUUACUGUUUUAUCCGAGAAGAUUGUGCAAUGGCUCACUUCAGUUAGGAUGGGCAGCAGUGCCUUCAUCUCAACUGUGGAUACAGUGAUUGCAUUACAAGCUCUAACUGAGUAUGCCUUCCGAGCUCGUCUGAAGGAUAUUACAGAUUUAGCCAUCACACUGGAACUCCCAAGUACUGCUGGAUUCAGAGAGACAGUACAUAUAGAUAAUGAAACCUUCUCCGAUCUUCAAAUGUUUGAAGUUCCAAAUGUAUGGGGCCAUUUAAAUGUAAUCUCCAAAGGCAGUGGGCAAGCUGUUGUGCAGAUGGAUAUCAAUUUUGGUGUCGAUUAUGAAGGAUUUAGGGAGUUGGCAAUAAUUGAGACUUUUAACUUAGAAGUAAAAGAAUUUUAUUCAUCAUUCAGGAACAAAUCUUUCAUUACCAUUCAAAGCUGUUUUCGGUGGCUCCUGGAGGACCCUCCAAUGAGCGGUCUUUCUGUGCUUGAACUUGAACUUCCAACAGGCUACAAUCUUCUUGAAUCAGAAGCUGAAAGGCUUGUACGGUCUGGAGUGCACCCAACACUGAGAGAUGCAAGAAUUAUAGAAGGAAAAACCUUUUGGUUCUUUGAGCAUAUCAUGCAGAACUGGACAUGCUUUAAUCACACCGUGAGGAGAUGGUACCCAGUGGCAAACAUAUCUUUAGUCCGACAGGUUCAGCUGUAUGAGACUCAUGCAAAAGAGAACUUCAUAAUGAUACUAGUCAAUUCUACUCCAUUAUAUACUUUGAACAUCUGUGAAGUGUGUGGUUCAUACCAGUGCCCCUACUGCCCUUAUUACAGUCAGACUGCUCCAUUUUCUGCCAGUAAAUUUAUUACAGUUGUGCUUUUGAUCACCUCGCAAAUCUUGAAAACGUUUAGGCAGUUUACAUGACAGUGAAAUCAAGAAAUUACAUUUCAACUCUCAUGACAGAAACUGAAGAAAUAUAUUUGUAGAACUACUAGAUAACAAAGUAGUCUUUGUGCACAAUUAUUUUGGGGCCUCCUUUUGAUAUCCAUGCUUCAGUUUGAACAGAGGCAGUAUUUAAAAAAAUACAAUGGUGACUACAUAUUUUUGGAAAUACUGUCAUUAUAUCUGCAGAAGGAAUUCAGCAUCUGUAUUAACAGAGUUGCUGUUACGAAUGAAAAGGAUGUAAUCUGAAGGAACAUAUUUUCCAGCCUUACAUCAUGUAAUUACAAAUUUUCUCUUCUUCAUGUAGCCGAGCUCCAAAGUACAACUGAGAUGCCACUAAUUUAGGUUUAAACUUGUUGGCUAGCUACCUAGUACAGAACAGUCUUUGAACAUUGACCUAGUGGCAAUUCUAUGUAUUAUGAUUUAGGUAAGAUUUUGAUAGUAACUGGUGUAACUCAUCAGCUGUUAUUCCUCUAGCUCUAAUUUAUAAAUAUAGUAAAGUUAGAAAAAAUAUUGCAUAUGAUUUCUUAUCAGGAUGAACAAAAUUUGUAAUAUUCAUUAAUCACAAGUGAUGUCAUAUCCUAUGUUAAAAUACAUGAGUCACUAUAAAACUGGCACGUGUAAUGAACCAUGCAAUAAAAUGUGUUUAUUUAUUGUAAA